AUGACUACCUUGUCAAAGGCUGAAUAUCUCCAACGAUACCUUUCAUCUGGAAACGAGGAAAAGAAAACAAAGAAGAAGAAAAAGGGCAAGGAAAAAACACAACAACGCCCAGCUGGAUUACGUAUAGUAGAGGAUGACGCAUUUAUUUCUGUUUCCGCUAAAUUCAAAGAUAUCGACACUGAUGAAGAAAAGGAAGACAUUGAGAUUAUCUCCAGUAUUUCGAAACAGUUAGAGGCAAAAGCUCGCGAAGGACCUAAAUUUCUCAAGUCGUUCAAACCUUUGGAUGGAGCGGAGAUCAAACAAGAGGUCAAGACUGGUGAGCGUUUUCCAUAAGU